AUGAGUUUAUCACCCAAUCGAAAGCGCAAACAAGGGUUUGGUAAGAUCCCUGCUACUUCAAAAACAUUACAAGAACAAGGGGUAAAAGAUAAUCAUGUCCGUCCAUGUAAAAUCAGUAGAAUGUCCUUAUCUUCUGUUCCAAGCCUCCCUGGUGACUGUCUGGAUCUUAUAUUUAAGUGCCUAAAAACUAGAGAUGAUCGCAAUUCUUUUGGGUUAACUUGUCAUCAAUGGCUUCAUAUUCGGGACAACAAUCAGGAAUCCUUAUGGUGUAAAUCCAGAAAUUAUGAGCCAGCGGAUUCAAAAAUUAGUUCAGAAAGCGCUGCAAUAAUUAUUUGUAAUCUGUUGAUUCGAUUCCAAAACCUCCAACGUUUGUCUCUAAAAGGGUGCCCGGGGAUAUCAGAGGUUGUUACAUCAAAGUCACAGUCCUUCGGCUCCAAAGUUCGAACUCUGGACUUGCGUUUUUGCUCCGUGUAUUCUGAUAUGCAAUUGGCUUUAGUAUUUUCAUGGUUUCCUCGCUUGACACGCAUUAAUUUGCACUAUUCUAAUAUUAAUGACAAUGGUUUGGCGGCCCUGGCCAAAUGUUGUUCAUCCUUAGAGACAGUUAACCUCUCCAACUGUUGCUCGAUUACUGACUCAGGAUUAAGUUGUCUUUUACAAAACUGUCGAGAACUGCGUUCACUGUUUAUUUCAUACUGCAGCAGUAUAACAGGUAUUGGCUUUCUAGGGUGUUCACAAACCUUAAACCGACUUGGAGCAGGCGGAUACAAACAUAACCAAGAGGUGCUUAACGCUAUUAUUAGUGGCGGUGAACUUGAAUAUCUGUAUCUCGAGACAGCACCUGAUGAAUCAGCCAAGAUCGAAGAUGCGAGCAUUAUUAAUAUUGAUACAGAAGCAGUUCUAACGAUUUCAAGAGGUUGCCCUUUAUUGAAGGAACUAUUCUUAUCUAACUGUGAGGAGGUAGAGCUGGAAGGAUAUGAAGCUAUAGGUAUGAAUUGCAAAGAAUUGGAGAAGCUUUACGUGAUGGGGUGCCAAAGGUUAUGUGAUACGGGGUUGCAAGCUAUAUGCGAUGGAUGUAACAAGCUUAUCGAAUUAUACAUAGAUAGAGAAAAAAAUAGCUGCAGCAGCUCUGCUCUUGAGCAAUUCAAUUUCAAGGGGAAAAAACCUGAAUUGAUUUUAUGGCCGUGUUCGUAG